UCUAUUAUUAUCAUAACAUAUAUACUGAUAAUGCUUCUUUUAUAUUUAUUUUAUUAUGGGCAUUAAAUUACAUAGCAAAAUACUUUUCAGCUUUAAGCUGCUUUUUAUUUUUAUUUUAAAAGACUUUAAGAUUGCUAUUAAAUAAUUAAUUCUUUUUUUACAUAUUUUUUUUCGUUAAAAGGUUGGUUGUUAUUGGUAAGUUGUGUUUUUAUGUUUAUGCACUAAAUAUUUUGUUUAUAGAUUAUUAUAAUACAGUAAACUUUAAAUGGCAUUAAUACAAUUAUAUAAAGUUCAACCUAUUGGUGUCAUAUGUUCAACCCCAUUAAGAGCUAUCUGUACAUCGUCUUUUUUACGACAUAACCCAGGCUUAAAGAAGAAAGGAAAGGCUUUGCUCGAUCAAAAAAAGCUUCAGAAACAAAAGGAAAAACAAGAAUCAAGACAGCGCAAACAAGUAAUUACUCCACCCGUUGAUCCUGACUCAAUACCAGACCCUUCCUGGUUUAAUUCUGUUAGACAAAGAUCUUGCAGGCCUUUAACUAGUGAUGAGGUUGAGAGAAAUGAACUGCUGCAGAAAGAAUGGACACGUUACCUGAUGAGAAAACAUAUUGAUGAUUUGAGGGUUUUGCGAGAUAAGGUUAAAAGUAGAAACGAUGCAUUACGAGAGUUGAAAAAAGAGUCAGAUUUUCUUUAUCAAGAGGCUCUUAAAGUGGACAAAAGCAUAUUUCCUUUGAUAUUAUCAGGACCUAUGGACACUCCACCUUUAGAUGGGUAUGAGCCACCAGAUUUUGUGGAUUAAAAGUUUAAAUUUUUUGUAUGGGUUGUAUGUAUUAUUGUGGCUGGGUAAAAAAGAACAGAAUAGAAAAUUUAUAAUUUUA